AGGGGUGGGAGGGGAGAACUAAGAUGGUAAUAAUGAGUUAUUUUAUGUUGUUUUUCAGUGGCUUUGAAGCGUAUGUUAAAUUUUAAUGUUGCUCCUGUUAAAAACAGCACAGGAGAACCAGUAUGGAAGGUUCUAAUAUAUGACAGAUUUGGCCAAGAUAUAAUCUGUCCUUUGUUGUCAGUGAAAGAGCUGAGAGACAUGGGCAUCACUUUACAUCUGCUUCUGCAUUCUGAUCGAGAUCCUAUUCCAGAUGUUCCUGCUGUAUACUUUGUAAUGCCAACUGAAGAAAAUAUUGACAGAAUGUGCCAGGAUCUUCGAAAUCAGCUUUAUGAAUCUUAUUAUUUAAAUUUCAUUUCUGCCAUUUCAAGAAGUAAACUGGAAGAUAUUGCAAAUGCUGCCUUAGGUGCUAAUGCAGUAACACAAGUUGCUAAGGUCUUUGAUCAAUAUCUCAAUUUUAUAACAUUGGAAGAUGAUAUGUUCCUAUUGUGCAAUCAAAACAAAGAGCUCAUUUCAUAUCGUGCCAUUAGCAGACCAGAUAUAACAGAUACUGAAAUGGAGACAAUUAUGGACACCAUUGUUGACAGUCUUUUCUGCUUUUUUGUUACACUUGGAGCUAUUCCUAUAAUCAGAUGUUCAAGAGGAACUGCAGCAGAAAUGGUGGCAGUGAAGUUGGAUAAGAAGCUCAGAGAGAACUUAAGAGAUGCCAGAAACAGUCUUUUCACAGGGGAUACACUUGGGGCUGGACAGUUCAGUUUCCAAAGGCCUUUAUUAGUCCUUGUUGACAGAAAUAUAGAUUUAGCAACUCCACUUCACCAUACUUGGACAUACCAAGCCUUAGUGCAUGAUGUACUGGAUUUCCAUUUGAAUAGAGUGAACCUGGAAGAACCUUCAGGAAUGGAAAAUUCUCCAGCAGGAGCUAGACCAAAGAAAAAAAAUAAAAAGUCAUAUGACUUAACUGCAUUGGAUAAAUUUUGGCAAAAGCACAAAGGCAGUCCUUUUCCAGAAGUAGCAGAGUCUGUUCAGCAAGAACUGGAAUCCUACAGAGCUCAAGAAGAUGAAGUCAAAAGGCUUAAAAGUAUCAUGGGAAUAGAAGGGGAGGAUGAUGGAGCAAUAAGUAUGCUUUCUGAUAAUACAGCUAAGCUAACUUCAGCUGUUAGCUCUCUUCCAGAACUUCUUGAAAAGAAGAGGCUCAUUGAUCUUCAUACAAAUGUUGCAACUGCUGUUUUGGAACAUAUAAAGGCACGUAAGCUAGAUGUGUAUUUUGAAUACGAGGAAAAAAUAAUGAGCAAGUCCACUCUGGAUAAAUCUCUUUUGGACAUGAUAUCUGACCCAGAUGCGGGAACUCCAGAAGACAAGAUGCGGUUGUUUCUUAUUUAUUACAUAAGUUCAACUCAGGCACCCUCAGAGAUUGAUUUGGAGCAGUACAAAAAGGCACUGACAGAUGCAGGGUGUAAUCUGGCUCCCUUGAACUACAUAAAACAAUGGAAGGCUUAUACCAAGAUGGCUUCAGCUCCAACAAGCUAUGGAAACACUACAGCUAAACCACUGGGUCUGUUUUCACGUGUUAUGAAUACUGGAUCACAGUUUGUAAUGGAAGGAGUAAAGAACUUGGUAUUGAAGCAGCAAAACCUACCAGUCACACGUAUCCUGGAUAACCUUAUGGAGAUGAAGUCAAAUCCUCAAAAGUCUUUCUCAGUGCCAGUGAAAAUAUUGGAUAUCUUGGAACUGCUUUGAAUGAAGAAAAAAUCAUUGCAUCUAAUUUAAACAGUCAGAACUUUUUAAGCAUUUAUGUCACUUUUAUUGUGCAAACACUUUAUUUUGUUUUAAUAGUAGCCAUAAAUCUUGAAAUGAAAUGUACAAGUGUAAGUUUCAUAAUUGAAGUAGAUUUUGAUCUAUGCUAUAUUUUAGCAUUCACUGACAUAAGCAUGUCCUGGAAAAAAAAAUAUUUUGAACCAAUUACAUUUUAGGGCUCUAAAGCUGGUAUCACCUUUGUUUUUCUUUUUGAAUAUUACUCUGUUUUGGAGACAUAUUUAAUAGCCAAUACAUUUUGGACAGGUUUUAAUAGCAAUGAAUUGCAGAUCACCCCAAAAACAGAGUAAACCCCGUAGCACCCUCCAGAGGUUGCUAAUUACUAUAGAAAUAGUAACUUUACACAGUUACAAUUCAAACACUGUAAAUAUACAAAGUCUGUAACUUUUCAUUUAAUAUAUACAUCAGGUAACUUCUAAAUAUAAAAUUACUUUGAUUUGAAAAGCAUUCAUAUAACAGAUUUAACCAGAACUUGCACAGUGUACAAGUAUACUUGUAUACUUUUCUUUUUGCAUAUUACUUUGUUUUUGAGACAUCUUUUUUU